GCCCCCCAAACACCCUUUCCUUGUGUACAGCUGUAAUAAGUGUUGCUCAGUCCAGUAUCUCUUCGUGUCAUUAUGAUCUCGUUUGCUAGGAAACCAGCAUUCAUUGUGUGAUGUCACACCUGCACCAGAUGAGCAUUGUGAUGUUCUAGAACUCCUCCCUGAAGCGCCUGCCAGCCAGCAUCUUUUUUAGUAGACCUGCCGGCGCCGUAUCGGCAUGGUUUGACAAACAGCAUAAAUGGCUGCAGCUGACAGUUACCUGGGUGGUAAGAGGGAAUCGGAUACAGAUCUUCCCACUGUGCAAACUCAGUCCGUUUCAGCCGAAGAUGAAAUGGUUCCUCCUGCAAUGUCAACUUCCUCCACUCCAUUGCACGACAAAACCGCAGCCGGUGAUUUUGCUUUGAGAUCUAUGAUAGAAGAAAACGCCUUCCAAGCUUUGAGCGACGGGCCCUGGGCAAAACGGCCGCGCCUUGCACUUUGCGAAGAAGGGGCUCUCGAAGACAAUGAUUUCCUGUCCCUCACCUUCCCAAAGAAACUCUGGAAGAUCGUCGAAAGCGAUCAGUUUAAGUCUCUGUGGUGGGACGACGACGGGAACUGCGUGGUGAUCGACGAAGAACUUUUCAAGAAGGAAGUGCUGGAAAGGAAAGGGCCUUUGCGCAUCUUUGAGACCGACUGCAUGAAGAGCUUCAUUCGUCAGCUGAACCUCUACGGCUUUAGCAAGAUGAGGCAAAAUUUCCAGAGAUCGGCCUCCCUCGUCGAAUUUUUAGCAGAAGAAAAAGCUGCUUACGCGUUUAGCAAGCUACAGUUCUACCAUAACCCAAAUUUUAAGAGAGGAUGUCCUCACCUUCUCGCAAGGUGCAAGCGAAGAGUUGGGAUCAAAAGCACGCCACCUGUUGCUUUCUCAUUAGAGGAGGAUUUCAGUGAAAUCUGCUUGAAGAGCAGGUCCAGAAGCCCAGAAGGUCCACCUUCUCUGGGACCUCCUUCCAGGGAGCCUAGUUUCCUUACAACGUCCCCCAGGGACAAAAUGCACAAAUCUGGUCUCCGGAAGCCUCCAGCAACAAAGGGCCUUGCUGGAGCAGUAGGUCGGCUUAGAAGUGGAUUUGCUGCUUCCCCUCCAACCCCUUUAAGGGCUUCAGAUCAGGGGCCACCUGAGGACACUGAUAACAAGAUAAACCAGCUGGCACCUUUCCAUUUGCCCCAGCAUACCAACCAUGCUCGCGUCAACACCCACGAGAUCGAUUCCACCACCACCACAUCGGCUACCUCUUUGUAUCACGUCAUACCUCCUGUACCCAACAGUCCCUUUGCGCCAAUGAUGGGGCUGCCCACUUUCCCAGCCAUGUAUCCAGACUUAUCGGCCAUGCAAGCUCACUGGGCCAGCAUACUCCCAUUUUGUAAUCCGUGGUUCUCCAUGCCAAUGAUAGCUGCCGCUUCAGCUAUUUCUAUGUCGAGAUCUUCCCACCAUCACCGAACUCCUUCGUACCACCACUGUCCUAACUGCAACUGUACUUCCAACACUCAGUCUGCUUCCAAAGGAGCUGGGCCCAAAACCACAGAAUACGCUGGGUACCAUCGAUAAAGUACAAGAGGAUGCUGGAGACAUUUGAGCCUUUUUAAAAUAAGGGAAUUCGACCAUGGCACGGACCGAAGAAUAAACUUCGUUCUUCCUGUCUGGUUUA